UGUAAUGUGUUUUUGUAUCCUCAGUGUUUUUCUCUCUUGAGUGUUUUAUUGAGUGUAAACAGAGUCUUGUCUCUGUGUAUUUUAGUGUUGAUGAUGAGAUGGAUGUGAUGUGCUGUAAAUCAGGAACUGAUCAGGGCUUACAGGAUGAGGAAUCUACUGAUCAAACCUCCACAGAGUCUCUGGAUUCUGUCUGGAACGCUGGAGAACAGCAGCAGAUCCUGCAGACCAAACUCAAGAUGUGUUCAGUCAAACUGGAGUUCAGCGGAAACCCAACAGAGAUAAAAACUGAAAAAACAGAAGAGGAAGAUUACAAAGAUUAUAAUGAUUUUCUUACGUCAGAUGUGAAGAGUGAAUUAUGUUCGGAUGGAGAAAUAACAUCCUCAACAUCAGAAGAAGAGAAACACACAGAAGAGAAACUCUUCACCUGCACCAGAUCUAAGACCAGCAUUACUAACUUACAAGAGAAGAAACUUCAUUCAGGAGAGCACAGAGAGAAGAAUCCGUUUCACUGUCAGCAGUUGUGGGCGAAUUUUGACUUUUUAUCUCAGCUGGAAAGCCACAUGGAGACACAGAGUGAUGAAAAGCCUUUCUGCUGCACUGAAUGUGGCAAAUAUUUCAGCAGCAAACAAAGUCUUGGGCUUCAUCAGAGAAUUCACACAGGAGAAAAACCAUACGAGUGUCCUCAGUGUGAGAAGAGAUUCAGCCAAAGACAUCAUCUGAAGACACAUAUGUUUACACACACCAAUGACAGUCCAUAUCAGUGCAGUGAAUGUGGCAAAACCUUUAGGUAUAAACGUACAUUAAGAUCACACCAACAUAUUCACUCUGAAGAGAAACUGUAUCAAUGUUCACACUGUGAAAAGCAUUUCGGUCAGAAAUAUCAGCUGAUAGACCAUGAGAGAAUUCAUACUGGAGAGAAACCUUACGUCUGCCCUCACUGUGGAAAGAGCUUCUCUAAUCCAUCUAAUUUUAGAGUUCAUCAGAGACUUCACACUGGAGAGAAACCUCAUCACUGUAAUGUUUGUGGGAAGAGUUUUAAUCAACGUGAACAUUUAGUGUCACACCAGAGAAUUCAUACAGGUGAAAAACCUUUCAAAUGCUCUCGGUGUGAGAAGACGUUUGCUCGAUCAGGUCAGGUAAAAGUCCACGAGAGAGUUCAUACUGGAGAGAAACCUUACGUCUGUUCUCAAUGCGGGAAGAGAUUUACUCAGACAUCUACUUUGAGAGUUCAUGAGAGAAUUCACACUGGAAAGAAACCUCAUCACUGCUCGAUCUGUGGAGAGAGAUUCGCUCAUUCUGGAAGUCUUCAGAAGCAUCAGAAAACACAUACUGAAGAAAAAACUACACUUAAAUCAUCAUAAGCCCUUUUCACACAGACAUAAUGGAAAAUUCCCUUCUCUCAUGUUGGUGAACAGAGGCGCACCUUGUCAACAGGCAAGGCAGGCCACUGCUUGGAGCCCCGAGCUGCUAGGGGGCCCCCGAGAUUGUUUCUCAGUAUAAAUCCAACCCAGGUGGAUAACUUGGCAGUUUCGAAAAUGAACAAAGCGAAUGGGUGACGUUGUAUCGUUCAGUAGUGCUGUCGCAGUUGAUCUGUACGAAUCAUGGCCCACGGUUCGGCUCGCUUGUCAGUGAACUACGGCUCUGUGUAGCAAAUGCCGCUCCAUCUGAAAGCAGCUGAUGGCAAUUUACUACUUAUUAAGGAACCGGCUUUACUGACGUGAUGAGCUUGUAAAUCGCAUGCGAUUAAUCGUGCGAUCGUAAUCUUGUCUGCUGUAUUUCCCUUCAUCGCAAAUAAGCAGAGCUGAUGAGUUAACGCGCUUGAGUUCAGCACCACAGAUAUAAGAGCUGGCAAAGCCACUGGACACUGAAAGUGAAGGUUUACAAUAAGUUUUGAAACAUCUGGUACUGUGUGACUUCUUUUUAUUUCUAUUGUUUUUAUUCUUAUUUUAUUCUUAUUUUUAACUCUUUUAUUCUUUUUAAAUCACAUUUAUUGUCUUUUAAUUGAUAUUUUAAGUUCUCGUGUAUUUUUUUGUGUCUCUUAUUUCUACAUACUUUUUUCCUCUUAUACAUUGUUUUCUCAUUUCUAUGUAAAGCAGUUUGAAUGACCUCUGUGUAUGAAAUGUGCUAUACAAAUAAACUUGCCUUGCUAGUGACUCCUUUUUCAUGUCUUCUAGCAAUU